UUGCGAUUGCAUAUAAACUUUCUUGAAAAGAAAUAUAUUGGAAUAAUUCGUAAUGGACCAAGGCGUGAACGACUGGGCGGAACGCCUCUUUUGCUCUUCUGAUUCCGCUGACAUUGGUCAAACGGACCCUAUGACGGAAUCAUGUACUAUAGAAAAUGAGUUUAUUAAAAACUUGUGGGAAUUGGCAAAUUCUGAGCAUGAUUGCGUAAAGUGGACUGAUUCCGGAGAUUCUAUUAUCAUUGAUCUUUUAUCGCUUGACCAAUACUUAUAUGCAAAAAAUAAUGAUAUUAAAAACUCUGCUCAAUUAUUAAAGCGAUUAUGUCUUUCUGAUUUCAUCAUUCAAGAGAACUUGAAUAAUGAAACUGAAGUAACUGUUAAACAUGGAUACUUCAAAAAGGAUGGACUUCAACUCAACUUAAUCGAAUUCUUUGACAUUGAGUUAUGUAACAAUACAUCGCUUGAGUAUACGGAUCUAAGUCAACAAUGUAAAUUAGAAUCUAAGGUUCCUUUAAAGCAGGAAAAGGUUAGUGUAGAUAUCAAAGCAAAUGAUUAUGUUGGAAUGGAUUUUGGUGCCCCAAAAGCAGAGUUUAGAUUUUUUAGUGGCAAAUAUAAAUUGAACACAAAUAAAACCAUUGAUCUAUUAAUUACUGGACCACAAGGAAAUCAACAAGACGUGUGUGAGCUUCAGAAAGCAGUACAUGCUGUUAUGAAAUCCGCUACUGGUAAUAAUUGUCCAACUCAAGAUCAUAUUGUAGAAACUAAAGAUACAGUCGAACCUAAACUUGUUGCCUUUGAAGAAAAUUUUGGAAAUCCAUCUGAUUAUACUCCAAAUGACAAGAAUUUAAUUUAAGCAUUUACUUGUAGCUUUCAUUUCAGUCAUAAUUAUUAAAUUAUACUAAGUUUGUAAAUAAAUAUUCAGCUGAUUUCAGUUAA